UCGUUGAAGCCGCAACGGCCAGUAAUCCACUUUACCCAAAAGCUAGCCUCCAUCUGUACUGUACUCGAGGAGGCGGGCCGUAGCGCGUGAUUCUGAGGCCGAGGAAUCCGAUUUCAUCGGCAAAUGAUCAGAGUCCAAGCCAGUCUGUUCGGAAUCUUCAGCGCACGACUAAAAAUCAGCAACUUUCUCCAAUUCCCUUCUUGAGCUGGGGGCGACCUCAUAUUCCCAUCCACCUUCGCUCCUCCUACUCCUCCGUCACCAACCAAAAAUGGAGGAACCCCACAUCGAGAGGAUGGCGGCUCCACCGGUGAGGAAGAGAUCGCUGAUUAUGCAGCCGAUACAUUGGUUCAGAAUGUUAGGUGAGGAACUCCAUUGGAGUCUCGUGAUGGGGGUUAUCGUGGUUUAUGGGAUUAGUCAGGGUUUUGGAGUUGGGCUCGUCCGAGUUAGUACACAGUACUACAUGAAGGAUGAUCAAAAGCUACAACCCUCUGAAGCUCAGCUCUUUUUUGGCCUCCUUCAGCUGCCAUGGAUUGUGAAGCCUUUGUGGGGUCUCCUCACUGAUACUCUCCCUGUUCUUGGCUACCGCAGGCGCCCCUAUUUCAUUUUCGCAGGUUGUCUUACUGCUAUAUCAAUGCUGGCGGUGUCACUGCAGCCAAACUUGUCGCUUGGAUAUGCCAUGCUUUUUCUGAUGUCAGGAAGUACUGGGAUGGCGAUUUCGGAUGUUACUAUUGAUGCCUGUGUAACGCAGAACAGUGUAACUCACCCAGCUCUUGCUGGUGAUAUGCAAAGCUUGUGUGGGCUCUCUGCCUCUAUCGGGUCUCUGGUCGGCUUCUCACUCAGUGGCUUCCUGGUUCACCUGGUUGGACCUACGGGUGUGUUUGGGUUUCUGAGUUUUCCAGCAGGCCUAGUCGUUUUGGUUGGGAUGUUGUUACGCGAAGGCAAUUUACAGCGAUCUGUUCACAGAGGGGUACAUGAGAAGUUCGUGGAUGCUGGUAAAGCAAUGUGGAGAACACUAAAAUGUCGAGAAGUGUGGAGACCAUGCUUAUUUAUGUUCUUGUCCAUCUGUGUUAGCUUACAUGUCCAUGAAGGAAUGUUUUACUGGUAUACUGAUGCAGAGGGAGGUCCAUCUUUCUCACAGGAAAUUGUUGGAUCUAUAUUCUCAUUUGGUGCAAUUGGCUCUCUCUCAGGGGUCCUAAUCUACCAAAAUUUUCUGAAGAACCAUCCCCUUCGCGACAUAGUUUUUUGGUCUCAGCUAUUAUUCAGUCUAUCUGGGUUGCUCGACUUGAUGUUGGUUCUUCGUAUUAACUUGAAAAUUGGUUUCCCUGAUUAUUUCUUUGUUGUAAUCGACGAAGCUGUUUCUCGUAUGAUUGGGAGGGUCAAGUGGAUGCCUCUUCUUGUACUUAGUUCCAAGCUUUGCCCUCCUGGUAUAGAGGGCACCUUCUUUGCUCUUCUCAUGUCAAUUGAUCAUAUCGGUCUUCUCUUCUCUACAUGGCUAGGAGGUCUACUCUUGCAUAUGUUGAAUGUCACCAGGACACAGUUUGACAACCUUUGGUUUGCCCUUUUGAUCCGAAGCAUGAUGAGGCUGCUCCCUGUUGCUCUAUUAUUCCUUAUCCCGAGGGCUGAUCCCAAUUUGUCAGUUCUUCCGGCAGAGAUGUUGAAGAUGAAAAAGGGUGAUGAUGACCAGAAGAAUACUGAGAUGGCUUCCCUUAUUGAUGGCAGUUGAAGUAGGGAAGAAUAAUGACUCAUUUGCUUAGAGAUCACAGUUAAUGCAGGUCCCUUUACAAUGACAGGGACCCCCAGACAUUAAAGCUGGAACCCUCUGGUAUGACCCAAAACACCUUUUCUCGGCAUCUUCCAGUGUGAUACAUGAUCAAUCGACUUGGGGAAUGACAUGGUUUUAUCAUAUAUUCUGUAUUCCAAAUUGUUGUUGCCAUAGUAGGGAGAAUGUCCAGUAUAGAGUUCAAUUGCAUUAGUCAAUAUAGAAUCUGCGAAUCCUGCACAAUUCCUUGGAACCUGAUUUUUUGGUUCCUGUUGUAAGUUGUAUAACUUUUGGAUUCCAGAUCACUACUGCUCUUGUACUGAGCGAUAUAUAUACACUUGACUCCAGUAGAAACAUGGAAGUUACUAUUUUGUCUUCCAGAUUUACCACUGCUCUUGUACUGAGCUAUCACAUAUUGACCGCUUACAUGGAAGGCAUGAAACAGACCGGGCGAGAGAGGGGAAAGAAGCAACUUGCUUAAUGAAUUUCUCUGCCAAUUGAAGCAAACUAAUUGGCAUUGUAUUUUAGAAGAAGAAAUAAAUGCAUAUUCACAAACCCACACCCCACCUCUUGACAUAUCACGUAACCAAUAAAUAUUCUAAAGCAUUUUCUCUCCCUCGCAUCAGCUGAAACUGCAAGCUUCUGCUGCAAAUCCCACCAUUGACUCUUUUGUAUCAUAAACAACCCUCUGGUUUCUCUGCUGAUAGUUCCCCACUAUCCCAAUCUCAUAUUCAUAGGCAAGACUUGCCAUCGCAAGGCACACCUGAGAUGCAUCCGCCUUGACAAAGUAGAAAACCCCUGUUAAGUCAACCUCCAGCUUCACAUUCCCUUCAAAGUUCAUGCUAAUGGUAGGGACAUCAAUCUCCUGAUACCCUGUCAGGUUGAAGCAAGUGUCCAGGAUCGAAAAGCCAGGAGCAGUUGGAACACCAGAGAAUUGCCUCAGAAACUCUGCCUUCACAGCACUGUAAACUGAAGGAGGAAGCCUUGUUAUGACUGUUCCAGAAUCAAUCAGAAUCCCAGAUCCGAAUCCGGAACCCUGGAGAUCCUUUCCGCCUAUGGACAACCCAGUAAGGUUGAGGAAGUAGAAAGUUGGGAGCUGGGGAUUAUUGACCAUUCUGGUAUAAGAAAUUGGGGUGAAGUUGCUGUAAACUGAAGUAUUGGGACCAAAUGCUAAUGAGCCAGUAGCAUCAGGUGCUGUUGUUGGCAAGCAGUAGGAGAAAACACCACUGUAAAUGGAUUCAGAUUGAGAGACCAACGAAAGCUGGCUCCUUCCCAUCCCCAUUAAUCCUGAAGCUCCUCCAAACAAGCCCUUAUUGUUCCUUCCACAACCAAACACGAAAUUACUGACUGGUUCAGUUUGACCUCCUAAUUUCAGCUGUUCAGUGGCUAGAUCGCCUCCCGUGUAGGAGCCAUCCCCAUAGCUAACGUAAUAGUUGCAGGUUUGCUGGUUUCUGCCACAUGCGCCCGAGUUGCCAGUUGCAAACUGAAGGGAGUCGCAAGCUGAUGAAUUGCAGGGGAUUCUGCGGAAAGAAGGAGAGAUGGAAGGGUUGAAUAGAGGGUCCUUCUGGUUGUAACAGAAUCUGCAUGGCUGGCAUUGAACCCAUGUCAAGUCACUUCCAGUGUCCAUUAUCACUGUAAGCUGCUUCCCUCCGAGUUGUACUGUGACUAUGUAGUUGAGGGUUUGCAGCUUUAUUCCUGAAGCCAAUGGGAUUUGAGUUGUUGUUGUUGGCAUCGCAGUGUCUUGUUUCACAAGAGAGGUGGUGUUUUUAAUCCGAGACUGAAUUGAUUGGACUCUGACAUUGUCUAGUAUUAGGGUUCUUUUUAGCUUCUUGCUCAAGUCUUGGAUUGUGUGCGGCUUUCCUGAUGAUGAGCAGGAAUCUCUGUGCUUCAUUUCCAGGAUGGUUGCUCCCUUUUCCUGUC